GGGGGGGCGGAGCGUGAAGGAAAAGAAGAAGGACCGGGACCCGAGGUGGACAGGGUGAAGCAGGACCCUGGGGCGCGAGAGAUCGUCACAACUUGCAUACCUGCAGACCCACGUCCGGUCAGCGGCCCAAGAGUGCUCCCUAAAGUGGUCCUCUAAAGGCAGAACCGCUGCGGGAAAGGGACGAGGAAAACGGGAAAAACCCAGACAAGCUUUGAGGAAGUGGGAAGAUGGGGGAAUGGAGGAUCCACCCUGCAAGGAACAGGCAGGUGUGGCUUCACUAGCACACGCUACUGAAAAGGAAAUACCUUAAAGGAGUUUCGUACAAAAGGAGCUGACAGGGAAACCCAGACCUUAGACUGGGGAGCAAAGCUGGCCUCUGAAGGAAGAGCCCUGCCUACACAAUGUGGGAGGAGGGGGAAGGAAUGUUGGACACAGCUGCUGCCACAGCAGGCCACAUCUGCAAGGAGGAAAGGCUCCGGAGACCAUGGUCCCAGUGCUGGCCUCACACCUGUUAGGGAACAGAUUGUCUGCGGAAGAGAACACAGCAGAUGGAGUGUCCCACUAGGAGAGGAGCAAGCUGUCCAGUGGAAGGACCACCAGCCACACAGACAAGGCCUAGUACAGGAUGUCAAGGCUGGGGAAGAGAGUGAAGAUGGGAGCAGAGAAAAGGGGGGGGGGCAUUUUAGCCUGGCACACCUCUCACCCCACCAACUUACUCCCCAGGAGCAGUCCUCCCAAGUCCCUUCAAGGCAUAAUCCUCCUGAAUGUCCCAGGAUUCUCAGGGUCCAUGAGAGAGGUACCCACUCCCACUGAGUGGAGAUAGCCAAGAUAAAACCCAAGGCUAGGCCAGACCUGCCUGCACCUGCUCCCUCCAGGCGUGCCCUGUGGCAGGUGUUAGACAAAGGGCCUAUCACAGCAGAGGGGCCCCCCUACUAGCAGAAACAGUGGUCCCUGUCCAACACUGCCCUGACUGCUUGCAUUGUCCUUAUGGAGCAUUCCCUGGAGCAGCUGCUAUACUCAGAGAGACCCAGGCCCAACCUUCAAUGUGCCCAGGGAGCCCAGCCAAGGUUACAGGCUGGGCAGACCCCAGGGAGGGAAGUCACAGCUAAGAGCAGAUAUUUCCACCAGCUGUCCCCUUGCAGAGCCACUGUUAAAGAAGCAGGCCAGCAAAGGUUCAGAUGGGGAGGGAGAAACGUGAGAAGUCCAGCCCAACCAUGCAGGGAGAAGGCAAAGCCCUGGCUUCCGAAAUUGCAGUCACUGCUGGGCCAAGAGUCUUUGCCCCUCCUGAAACACCUCUACCUUUGGCCCUCCUGCACAGCCUGCAGACUGCCUAUGUAGACACCACCAAGACCCUCUAGGGCUGAAGGGAGAUAAAAGAGGUCAGGGAUAUUUUGCCCCAGUUCCCUCCCUGUGGAGUCACUGCCUCUAUACCUUCCCAGUUUCCAGUGACCAACCUUCCCUUCUUCCAGGGGUCUGUAACUACCCUUAGGGUACCCCCUACUGUUAACUCCACUUCCACCUUUGUAAAUAAGAUGACUUCAUUAAACUGUCCUCAAACUGCCCCAACUUGAGUAUGUCUUUUGUUUCCUGCUGGGACUCAGAAUGACCAUCCAACCCGGAUUUCCUGAGAUGCCCCAUGUUGCAAUAAUCAAUCCCACGAGGAGGCCUGGCUCCUUGUUUGGAAGCACCGGCAGACCAAUGUGUUCCCCACAGCCCCCACCUACCUCAGGUCUCAGCCAAGCGCAAGGCCACUCUCCGCUGGCCUUUGGUCCACUCCAACCCCCUGGCUGGCCUUCCAGGGUUCCAAGUCCAAGUGGCUAAGGCCAGAGCCUCAUUCCCCCAGGGCACUCCUCCUUUAUGACUUCACCCACUGAAGUCACCUGGGGGACAAUGCUGAAUGUUCCACCCCAGAGUCUUGGCCUCUAGGAGGCAGGGACAGCAGGCCCAGCCAGCCCAGAGGACUCUCUGUCCACAGUGUAAAUGAGGACAUUUAAUGAGGGCAGCUGGCCCAUGUCCCGCAGGGAUGUAGAGGGCAGCCUCAGAGGCACUGGGCACUCCCGGUACCAUGGAUGACGCUGCCGUCCUCAAACGACGAGGCUACAUCAUGGGGAUAAAUUUGGGAGAGGGCUCGUACGCAAAAGUCAAAUCCGCUUACUCUGAGCGCCUGAAGUUCAACGUGGCAGUUAAGAUCAUCGACCGCAAGAAAGCCCCCACGGACUUCUUGGAGAAAUUCCUUCCCCGGGAAAUUGAGAUUCUGGCCAUGCUAAACCACCGCUCCAUUGUCAAGACCUAUGAGAUCUUCGAGACAUCAGAUGGCAAGGUCUACAUUGUCAUGGAGCUUGGGGUCCAGGGUGACCUCCUGGAGUUCAUCAAAACCCGGGGAGCCCUGCACGAGGACGAUGCUCGCAAGAAGUUCCACCAGCUCUCCUCAGCCAUCAAGUACUGCCAUGACCUGGACGUCGUCCACCGAGAUCUCAAGUGUGAGAACCUUCUCCUCGACAAGGACUUCAACAUCAAGCUGUCUGACUUCGGCUUCUCCAAGCGCUGCCUGCGGGACGACAGCGGCCGCAUCAUCCUCAGCAAGACCUUCUGUGGGUCGGCGGCGUAUGCGGCCCCCGAGGUGCUGCAGGGCAUCCCCUACCAGCCCAAGGUGUAUGACAUCUGGAGCCUGGGCGUGAUCCUCUACAUCAUGGUCUGUGGCUCCAUGCCCUAUGACGACUCCAACAUCAAGAAGAUGCUGCGCAUCCAGAAGGAGCACCGUGUCAACUUCCCUCGCUCCAAGCACCUGACUGGCGAGUGCAAGGACCUCAUCUACCGCAUGCUACAGCCGGACGUCAACCGGCGCCUGCACAUCGACGAGAUCCUCAGCCACUGUUGGGUGCAGCCCAAGGUGCGGGGCCUGUCCUCUGCAGCCAUCCACAAGGAAGGGGAGAGCUCCCGGGGCGCUGAGCCCUCACGGACCCCUGAGACCCCUGACAAAAAGUCUGCCACCAAGCUGGAGCCCCGGGAGGAGGCAGGGCCCGAGACACAGUCCGAGCCAAAACCCAACGAGGAGGAGACUUUGCAAGUGCCAGUGUCAAGGCAAUCAGACAACAUGGACCUUAACGGAGAGCUGCCCGGCAGAGUGAUAGAGGAAGAGGCCCUCCCACAACCCUGACAGACACACACCUAGCGAGCCUCUCUUGGCCCAGGGGGCCAGCUGGGAAUGAAGCAGAGUUCAUGGCUUUAAGCCUGAGCUCCAGAGAAAUCAAGGGACAAAGCAGAGAAGGAAGAUUGUCCUGGAUGAGCCACUAUUUUCGUCAGUUUCUUCUCCCCCUCUUUGAACUUGGUAACCCACAUGGCUAAAGGAGCAAUAAAUCACUAUAUUAGUGCAGACCCCAAGAUGAAUGUCUUUUCCCUAGCUGACUGUGGUCAUCCAGGGAGAGGAUCCUGCACUCCCUGCGUUCCCCAAACCCGGCCCCCCACUCUCAGAUCGGAUGGCACCUCAUUUCACCUCUAGUUUGGGAAGAUACAUCCCCAUGUGCCCAGCCUGACUGUGACCUCAGGCCCUGGACCAGAGCAGAAAGCUGAGCAAGGAAGAUGCUCUUUCAAGAGGGAGGCCAUGAGUGUGGUGCUGGGGAGCGGAAGGGAGCACGGAGAGGAUAAGACCAAGAAGGGCAAGGGGGCAAGGGGACUGCCUGCAGCAGAGGGGAAGGAGGCGGGGCUCCUCUGGAGCUGGGGCUGAGGAUCUGGGCCCUCAACAUCUCAGUGCCACUGCCUCCCCAAGGCUGCCGGU